GUGAACAUUGACAGGAGUGAUCUUAAGCGAACGUAGCAGCAGCAAUAAGAAAUUCAACGCGCGUCGUUCAGCCUGUGAAGAUGCAUACGUUUGUAGAGAUUACGAUUCUGGUUCUAUUACUUCUGAAGGAGACGACACCCGCUACGCCUGGUAAUACGAUGAGCGAUGGAUUUGUGUGCCCGGAUGAGGGACGAUAUGCCGACACCGAAUCUUCCGAUUGCAGCAGAUACUAUCUGUGUUUGAAGUCCGGCGGUACUAUUGUACCCAAUCCAGCCGUAUGCCCGCUGUCGACUAUCUUCUCUCCGAUAGUGUCGCAAUGUGUUGAUAAAUCGACGUACGUAUGCUCCAAGCAGACACCGGUACCAACAACCACGCCGACAAUCGUACCGACAAUUCCAACAACUGUAACGUCUAGACCGGAAGUAACGACCGUAGUCACUACUCGGACAACUGAGCCGCAAAUCAUCCCGAUAGUGAUUCCAACAACCACAACGUUCAGACCCCCAACAACGACGAAAGUAACAACUACGACGGAAGCAACAACUACGACGGAAGAACCAACUACGACGGAAGAACCAACUACGACUGAAAAACCGUACGAAUGCACAGGAUCGGGCAAUUUUGUUAACCCGGACAUCACGGAUUGUUCGAGCUACAAGUACUGCUACUCCGUUGAAGGUGGCUUCGCUUCAAUCACCGUGAAUUGUCGUAUCGAGGCGCUGUUCGAUCCCGAGGCCGGGGUCUGCUCGAAUUCUUACGUAUGUCCUAGUGAUAGGAAACCAUUCGUGUGUACCGAACCAGGUAAAUUCGUCAACCAGGACAGGCGCGGUUGUAAGAGCUACAAGUUAUGCAUCGCCACUGUGGAUGGUUUCAGUCUAAACACCGUCGAUUGUUCCGUCGGUUCGCUGUUCGAUCCAAAUACUCGUCUCUGCUCGCCUACUUACGUAUGUCCCCUGGUGUAAUCUGUACACCUGCGACAAAUUGAGUCACCUGUACGUAGUUUUACUGAGCGAUGUGUUCCUGCAAGGUGUCCAUUGGUUUCAUUGUAUUCGGCAUUAUUCGUAUAAUACGGACUAUUGUAAAAGGAGAAUGUGAUUAAACUAUGGCGUCACAUCCAUCAAAAGUCAACAUAAAGUGUAUGACUGUAAUAUGUAGUAAAAUAACCAUGAAGCUUAUCGGUCACUCUAACCUCAACCCUACCUCUCCAUCAAAUAUAUAUCAAAGGAAAUAAAUGAUGGGAUAUUAUGAGUGAUAACCGUGCAGCUCUUCUUUUUCAUCUGC